UUUGCGUGUUCGUUCAUUUACAUGUUAUUUGUGACUGGAGAAAUGACCGUAUGCUUUCCUUUAGCCUGACAAACACUAAUUGAUACUGCUCGAACGUCGAGCGCUUCCGGCACGCCUAAAAGUGGCACUCACCUCUUCUAGGGCAGGAUCAUAUAUGCGAUACAGUGGAACUCCUGGUAGAAUUGAGUGCCUUCUGCCCGCACCUUUGUCCUCGAAAUGGAGUCGCAAUGUAGGCAAAAGAAGAUAAGCAGAUCAUGCAACCGUUACCAGCACUACAUAGGCCAAUAUCUGAGUACUUUGUCUACAGCCUUAGUAGCUAUCGCGCUGUUUGAGAUCUGUUUGGAAAUCACGUGCGAAGCUUCCGUUCUAUUUGAUGCGAAGAACAAAACCGAAUACACUAUACGUAUUCCAGCACUGAAAAAACCUGCAAUUUUUAAAAGAUUUAGUAGCAGUCGAAAGCCUUCAAAUAAUAGUGCUGGUGACAACGCUGUUUUACCGAAGGUAGGGUCAUCAAAUCUAAAUCCAUCUAUUGGUACUUUCCCCUCGAGCCCUUCAAUGCCGUCACUUCAACCUCUGUCAACAUCAGUUGUGAAAUUGCCGAGAGGUUCUGACGUACCACCCGUUUCAUUUUCUUUUUCGCCGCUACCUUUUACGGCUUUAAAAGGUCGGGGAGCAGUGCCCAUGUUCAAGUAUACGGGGCCGCCAAUUUGGGCGCGUGAUCCGGCUGCAUUUGCAAGAGGGCAGUUUACGACUGGUGGGCCGCCGUCAUUUGCUUCGAUAAUAUCAUCACACCGUCACGGCUCGGGUCAUUCCAAGAGGACACCAUACUUUGCAGGUGGCAAAUUAAGCUCAAGCAAAUUGCCCGAACUAGAAUCGCAGAACAAUCUGCGAGUGGUCGUCUUCCGCCCAUACACUGGCGUGGAGCGUAGUCACACAGCAAACGACGAUGAAAGAUUAUACGAGGAACCACAUAAUCGUCAUAGUUUUAGUGGCGAUCGAACCAGAAAGUUCGUAGAAUAUCAUAACGGCAAUAAAUAUAAAGGCUCACCAGUAUCAGCUCCAAGCCCAUUUAAUGACGCCACUGAGAUACAGAUUAUUAAUAUUCCCCCUCGUCGAGGGUCUGAACGACGUCGUUUCUUUGGAUCGCAUCGUCAGAUCGCAGGAAGGCCAACAGUUGUCCGAAUGCCCCCGAGCCCUAUACGAGGCUUCCAACCAACGAGACUACCGCCGCCAGGUAUAGUUAAGAAUUCGCCUAAGCAGUUUAUUGCCGAAGAGAAGCCGCUCGCAGAUGGACGGAACACGUAUAUCAUCUCCGAACUAGACCCAAACCAACCCGACAUAAUCAAUAAGCUACGAAGCACGCUUACUUCUUCCACCUUAAAUAAUAAUAUCUUUAAUAGUGAACACCAGAGUGGCGAUUUGAGUGACGACUGGAAUUUACCACUGUUAACAACGAAAAAAAGCUCAAGUUCACCGCACUUUCACAGUAACGUCAAAAACUUCAAUAACCUAAGAAAUCCCUUUUCCAUUAGCAGCGGUGGCUUGCAUGGACAUUCGAGCACCCUGGAACAGUCUGGACCUAACUUUGGAUCUGACUAUGGAAGCCUUCUCGAGUUGCAAAACGCUAAGCAACGCAUACACAGCGUAAACGUUUUCCAGAGUAACAGUAUGCAGAGCAAUAGUAACGUUCAUAAUUCCGACAGCAGCAGCAGCAGCCAAAAUAAUUACAAUCACUUCAGUCGAAACGGCAACAACGUGUAUAGUCAUAAUCACCAAAAUAAUCAUUAUAAUAAUAACAACAAUAGAAUUCCUCAGCAGGCUAACAAACAUCGAUUGGUAAUUGCCUUAAGCGGUGCUACCAAGAACUCCUGGGAAGGAUCCAAAGAUACGCCUCAUUGGAAUGCCGGCAUAGAUGAUAGUCGAAAGAUCUCAUCAAUGGCAUCAGGUCAUGACAAAACCAAUGAUAUCCAAGUGCUAAGAACAGACAAAGAGUCCAAAGUGGUCGUGCCUGCGGGUAUGAUCGCCAUUCUGGUGCCACAAAACUUUGGAAUUACCGCCGCGAGUGACGUGCUUGCAGGCAAUGCUGGUAAUGUGGAAUUCGAUGACUAUGGUCAAUCAUUUUAUGAAUCUAGUUCGACAACAAAGAAAACGGUGCUGGCUUCACCUGCUGUUCUAUCAGACAUAUCGUCUAACAGUGGGAAGAUUGAACCAUCAAAGUCACCGGGACCACCAUAUAAAGUUGACUUUACACAGGGCUUACCCCCGAAUGCUAUUGCUAAGCCGGAUUUCCUUGGUGCCCAAAUACAAAGUCGUAUGGGAAGCUCGGCAGAUGAUACCGAUUCCUUUACGUCAGCUAACGAAGACGUAUCGAUUAAGAGAACAUCUGUACCCAUCGUAUUAAGUGCAUCUUCCAAAAAACAAUUAUCCCGAAAAUCUGACAAAAAACCCAUAGCAGUAUCUGCAAGUCUAUCGAAAAGCAUAGAACUACCACAACGCGUUAACAGUAUACGGGAUCAGAUCCAUCCCUCCUUCCAAGAGAAUCAACCAGAAACGUUUGCUUCUGUAAGACCAACCACAAGCUAUUCCACUUCCACCACAGCCCACCUUGAAACGACUCGUAGACCAAUACAUCAACAUUCUGCGAAAUAUCCAAGGACGAGACGUCCAAAAAACCAAACUCGGCAACUGUCAUCCCAGACGCAAUUGCCUAACGAUUCUCUGCAUAACAGUAAAAAACUGUCAACAUCUACAGGAAAAGGAUCAAGUAUAACAGCUUUGCCACCGUUUUACUCACAGUACCAAACACCCCCCCGACAAACUACGCCAAGCUACCUUAGCAACCACAAAGUUCGUUCGCCUCCUACAGCCUUUCCGCCACCAGCGUUCGAUUCAGAAAGUGCCGGUACAUACCUGCCUCGUGCCGAAGCACUUAAAAGGACCCUACAAAAAGGUCACAAAACUCAAGGACCUUCUAAUAAUCAUCGACACCAUCAUCAUGUGCCCGAGCCUAGCCGCAGUUCACAGACAUUUUCAUUUCACGGCUCGCUUCAGCCACUCUCAGCGCCCAACUUAAGUAGGGAGAACGUUGUUGGACGUAUUGGAAGAAGUAAUCGAAGGAUUGAUUCCCUGUUUCCAUGACUCACCAUUAUCUCCGUCUUCAUGGGUCAGGGUCACUUGAAGAAGACAAAGCAGAAUGACCCCAGCUCAUCAUCGCAUCUGGUUAUUUAUCCACCCACACGAUGCUAUUAUCCGCGCAGUCGGCGACCUGUUCUUUAACUAAACGGCUGACACACGCAUCCCUAAUACUGCACCUAGUCUUGCCGAUUUCCCUAGUCCC